AGAGGCCCCGCGUGGCCCCUUUGCAGCCGGCUUCCGGGUGUGGUCGUACCCUUAUUGCAGCGGGUCUCGCGGGCUGGCCAGGCGCGCGGUUUGUCCUUGGCGUUCACAGAGCGUGCCGUCACCAUUCUGCUCUUUCGGGGAGAGGGAAAGAAGCGGUUCUGUAGGGCAGACGUGGGAGCCCUACAGCACCUUUCGAGCGGGCUGCGGCCGAGCAGAGUGCCCUUGCAGGCAGGGUUUGAGCCCCUUGGACCCGGGUUGGGCCUACGGAGGCCCGGCGUGGAGGACAAUGCUCGGGGCCCGGUGCCUUUUCCGAGCCCUACGCUCCUGCUCGUCUGCGCCCCGCCCGAGGCACAGGCUUUCUUCCAAGAUGAGCGUGCGGGACGCUCUCGGGUCCCAGCACACGAGUGGGGAGCGCGUUAAGGUCCAGGGAUGGAUCCGUUCAAUCCGGUCCCAGAAGGAAGUCCUGUUCCUACAUGUAAAUGAUGGGUCGUCUUUGGAAAGCCUUCAAGUUGUUGCAGACUCAAGCUUUGCUAGCAGAGAACUGGCUUUUGGAAGUUCUGUGGCAGUCCUAGGGCAGCUGGUAAAAAGCCCAUCCAAACAGCAAAAUGUGGAACUGAAGGCAGAAAGCAUUGAAGUUAUUGGGAAUUGUGAUGCCAAGGCAUUCCCUAUCAAAUACAAAGAGAGGCAUCCUCUGGAGUUCCUGAGACAGUAUCCUCACCUCCGGUGUAGGACGAAUGUGCUGGGGUCUGUGCUGAGGGCACGCAGCGAGGCCACCGCUGCCAUCCAUUCCUUCUUUAAGCACAGAGGCUUUGUGCACGUGCACACCCCCGUGAUCACAUCCAACGACUGUGAGGGUGCCGGGGAGCUUUUCCAGGUUGAGCCUUCAAGCAAAACAGAGAUACCAAAUGAGAAUUUCUUCAAUGUUCCAGCCUUCUUAACUGUCUCAGGACAGCUUCAUCUAGAAGUGAUGUCAGGAGCGUUUACUCGGGUGUUUACCUUUGGCCCAACAUUCCGAGCUGAGAAUUCUCAAAGCCGGAGACACCUGGCAGAGUUUUAUAUGGUAGAAGCAGAGAUUUCUUUUAUUGAAAACCUUCAAGAUCUCAUGCAGGUUAUAGAGGAUCUCUUCAAGGCUACCACAAUGACUGUUCUCUCAAAUUGUCCCGAAGAUGUUGAGCUCUGUCACAAAUUCAUAGCUCCUGGCCACAAGGACAGAUUAGAACAUAUGCUAAAAACGAACUUUUCAAUCAUUUCUUACACGGAAGCCAUAGAGAUCCUCAAGAAAGCAUCCCACAACUUCACCUUCACCCCAGAGUGGGGCCUUGAUCUACAAACCGAACACGAGAAGUACCUGGUGAAGCACUGUGGCGACGCCCCGGUCUUUGUCACUGACUACCCACUAGCACUCAAGCCCUUCUAUAUGCGGGACAAUGAAGACGGGCCUCCACACACAGUUGCUGCUGUUGAUCUUCUGGUACCUGUAGUUGGGGAACUUUUUGGUGGUAGCCUCAGGGAGGAACGGUACCACCACUUAGAGCAGCGACUAGCCAGAUCAGGACUGACAGAAGCCUACCAAUGGUACCUGGACCUGCGUCGCUUUGGAUCUGUGCCUCAUGGAGGUUUCGGGAUGGGCUUUGAGCGCUACCUGCAGUGCAUCUUGGGAGUCGACAAUAUCAAAGAUGUCAUCCCCUUUCCAAGAUUCACUCAUUCAUGUCUUUUAUAACUGACAGUUGGUUAUAUUUAGCGUAGUGCCCUGUGACAGAGGCACUACACAUAGAUAUGACUUUCAAACUGCUGUUGUGAAUUUGAGAGAUGUGGAAUUUUGUAUAAUUAUUCCGCCAUAAGAUAUAAUGUAUAUGAAAAGUAAAAAUGAUCACAAUUUUCUGAUAAAACCAAGGGUGUUGUGUGGAAAAGUGGUCUCCCACUGGAAGAGGUGCUUAGUGCAGAUAGACUUUCUUUUUUUUUUUUUUU